CUGCAGAACUAUCAUCUCCUUCUGAAAACGAACUACGACAAGAUGAUCUACGACGUUAAUUCUCCUCUUUUCCGAUCCUUCCUCAGCCAAAAGGGAGGUUCCUUCGAUAAGAGGAAAAUCGAGGAGCAGAAGCCAAAAGAGCAGAGAUCCAAAGCCAAUGAGAACAAACCUGUUAUGACAGAGUGAUAGCAGCUUGGCUGCAUUCAGUUGU